UAUUGCUAGCAUGUUCUUUUUCUCGGUGCAUCAAAAAUCUCUUACUUUCCAUCAGUCACUUUCUAGCCGAUCACCACUGGCGGUACUAAAAAUAUGCUGUAGGCCUUCUGCAACUGCCCCUCCCCCCCUCAAAACAACAAAAUUCCUAAGUGUACGGCCUCGCAUGCGUAUGAUGCACACUAGUGCAGUAGCUCCGGAUGCAUAUACAGACGUGCCACUACAGAGAGUAGUAAACUUAUGCUGACACCAAGUUCACCAGCUCAAAUUACCAGUUUUCUGUGCACCCGUCAAGGCCUUGCCUAUGAUUAAACAAACUUGUAAUCUCGGAGAAGCUGUUUAUAACCUCGGACUUGAUUACUUCCUUUCGCUGGGUCGUAAGGACACGACCUGAAUAAGCAGUAGCGAAACAAAGCAUGGCAACCGAACACAAGGGUUUCGAGCAGAUAUUUGACCAGAUAGGUGGUCUUGGUCGUCGCCAGCUGGCGAUCUUCCUCGCCAUCAACAUGGGUGAUUUCGUUACGGGAUGGACAAUGCUUGGGCCAGUGUUUUUCUCAGCAGUACCCCAGUGGCUGUGUCCGCAGAUGAACCGGACUUUGAAUAGAACUGACCAUUUGUCAGAACUCGAUGACCUCUACGGGAAUGGAACCAACGAUAGUUCGGCUAUUAUAUUGGAUACCUGCAACUCUGACGGCGGAAUGUGCCCGGGGAUUCAGUAUGUUUCGGAUUUCACUUCGAUCGUUUCAGAGUGGAACCUUAUUUGCAACCUCAAAUACAUCGGUGAUCUGAUCACAACGAUCCAGAUGGUAGGUGUUGUGCUUGGAGCAUUGAUAAUAAGUCAGCUCGCUGAUACAUUUGGAAGAAAACCGGUGUGGUACGCAACUAUCACUUUCAAUGGGGUAGUCGGCUUCGCUAACGCAUUUGCCCCCUUGUGGGAAGUGUUUGCUGCGAUGCGUUUUUUCAAUGGACUGUGCGCCGGAGGUUUAUUGAUAGUGAACUUCGUUUGGGCUCUGGAGUUUACAGGGACAAAAUAUCGUACGAUAAACGGCGCCGUGACCUUCUGGCAGAUCUCCAUUAUGACGCUGACGUUGAUUGCCUAUUUCGUACGUCAGUGGAAGACAUUCGUGAUGAUAACGUCUCUGGCGCCCCCCGUUGUACUAUGGCUGUUCUUCAGGUUUUUACCAGAGAGUCCUCGUUGGCUUGCUAUGCACGACAGGCUUGAUGAGGCUAAGGAGACCAUAGAUGCCAUUGCCAGGAGCAACAAGAAACCUGCCCCGGAUAUGAUUGCGUUGCAAAAGGCAAUCGACGAAGAAAAGCGCCGAUCAGCGCAUGAGAGCAAGUACAGUUUCUGGGAUCUCUUCCGUACCCCUCUCCUGACACGGUAUACACUGAUACUGAUGUUUGUGUGGUUCGUUCAGGCAGCGAUGUACUAUGGGCUGUCUCUGAACGUAAGAAAUCUCCCCGGAGACAUCUACAUCAACACCGUCCUUCUGGCACUGGUGGACUGGCCAGCCACAGCCUCCACAGCCUAUUUAAACAACAAGAUCGGUCGUCGCCCUACGAUGUUUAUGUUCAUGUUAAUUGGAGGACUUGCAGUCUUUUCAGUGAUGUUUGUAGGAGUGGCUGGUAAACUGGAAACCAUGGGAACGUUGGUCACUGUACUGGCUUUGCUGGGGAAACUGGGUGUGUCAGCCGCCUGGGUGGUUAGUUAUCUCUAUACUGCGGAGCUGUACCCUACAGUCGUUAGGAGCAUCGCCUGUGGUGCAGCUUCUAUCUCAGGUAGAAUAGGAGGAGUAGCAGCCCCACAGUUCGCCUACUUGAGCUCUGUCGCCCUGGAAUUACCUUUCAUCAUCUUUGGAAGUUUUGCACUGGCGGCUGCGUUUCUGGGACUUUUGUUACCAGAGACAAACAGACAAGCGCUCCUGGAUGCUCUGCCAGACUGGGCGUGGUGUGGAAGACAGAACCGACAUUCAGACUUCGAUGAUCAGAAUCCAGAUGACGUCAUGAAGUACGGCGCCGUGGAAAAUCCCAACGUGUCUAAGGGGAAUGAAAACACUAGAUUGUGAUGGCUUUAUACAUAUAUUCAUCAUACGUUAUGCUUUGAAAAUAUAUAUAAUGGACGACGGAUCCUUGCGUGGAAUGGUCAGAAAGAGCAUCGCGGAUGAAACAAAGUCCAUCUUGGAGAAGAAAUGUACGGCACUGACACUGUUUAUGCACGUGUUGUAAGCAAUGGAUCUCUGCACUCUUAUUAUAAUCAACAUAUAAUGGAUUUUUCCUUCACCUGCAUCAGCUCAACUCCAUCAUCUGAACACGUCUGCCUCAUGUAUAGUUAUAUUUAUAUCUGCUACCCUCUACCAGGGUUGCAGAGAGAUUUUCACCAAAUUUUCCCGAUUUUCUCAGGCUAAGUCAUGUGCUCAUUUUUGUCCAGCGAGAAUUUUUGCACAGCAUUUAAGAAAUGGCACAGCUGGUUACUGGUACAGAAAAUUUAUCUGCCCAAUUCACGGGGCUUUACAAUACAACUCUAUAUUUUCCACUAUAAAGUCAAUAUCAAGAAAGUAUUUUAUAAAUUUUUUGUUAUAAUGGAAGUAUUAGAAAAUAAAGAACCUUUUAGAAAUAUUUUGUUACGGAUAGAUUCAUCCGUUCCUAGCCUCAGAUUUAUAUGGAAGCUUUGCCUUUUAUUUUGUAUUUGUGUGAAUCAAAUAAAUCGUGCGUUUUUUGCAAAAAUGCUUUUUAUGAAUACCAGAAGACAAUAUUUCU